AUGGAGUGGGCGAAUGACGGCAAGUCCAGAGGAGGUGUUUUAGCUCACUUGGAAAGACUAGAGAUUGAAGUGAAUAGAUCCCGUAAAAACUUAGAAGAUCUGCAGAGAGCACAGGCCGUUGAAAGCGCUCUUGGGACCAAGAUUCAUAAACUGAGAUGUCUGCGAGAUGAGCUGAGAGCUGAAGUGAAGCAACGUCAAGCCAGAGUUAAAGCAUCUACUGUCAAUGUAGAACCUGACCAAACACCGGAAAUCAGUGAGCAAGAAGUUGCAGAAAGAAGAAAGGAAAAUGUGAAAGCCAUUCUGCAGGCAUAUCGUUUUACAGGGCUCAGUGGGAAACUGACCAGCCGAGGGGUCUGUGUCUGCAUCAGCACUGCUUUUGAAGGAAAUCUGCUGGAUUCCUAUUUUAUCGACCUUGUCAUACAAAAGCCACUUCGGAUACAUCACCAUUCAAUUCCAGUCUUCAUCCCCCUAGAGGAGAUAUCUGCAAAAUACUUACAGACUAAUAUUCAGCACUUCCUGUUCUGUCUUUGUGAAUACCUAAACGCUUAUGCUGGGAGGAAGUACCAGGCAGAUCGACUUCAGAGUGACUUUGCAGCCUUUCUGGCUGGGCCCUUGCGGAGAAACUCACUGUGCAACUUGCUGUCAUUUACUUACAAAGUGGAGCCACGGGGUCAGUCAUUCCCAUUUUGUGCCAGACUGCUGUAUAAGGACCUCACGACAGCCCUGCCAACUGAUGUCACUGUUACGUACCAGGGAACGGAUGCAUUAUCCUCCUCCUGGGAAGAACAGCGAGCAUCCCAUGAAAAUCUGUUUUUUUCAAAGCCCCUACAUCAAGUGUUUACUUCAUUUGCAAGAAAAGGAGAAAAGUUGGAUAUGAGCCUCGUCUCCUAG